CGCGGACUUAGACGACAUUUCGAUCGUGUAGAAGAUCUUCCAGAACAAGUAGUUGCUAGAAGAAGGAAAGAAAAGCAGAAUGUUGAUAAAAUACAAGAAGAAAAGGCUAAUUAAAUAAUUAUUUUGUUUUUUUGUUUGAUUUAAUAAAUUUAUUUAGAUUUUUUAGUUUACUUUCCGUGAAAUUUUAAAGUUUUAUUAUAUUUUAUAGUUUUUAUUUCGCCUUUUUUAUUUGUAAGAUUUAAAAAAUUUAAAUAUUACAAAUCAGGAAAUUCUUUAAAAAAUGGCUUCAACCUCUGCAUUACCAGAAACAGCACCUCCCGUCGAGCAAAUGAUGGAAGAAAUUUCUGCUGACACAGAGACUAUUCAACUUGAACAAAGAUUGGAAUGUUUAAAAGAUGUUGAUUGGAAAGUUGCUGAAUUAAUGGCUAUUGUUGCGGAAGUUUUGAACAGUUUGGAAAAGGACAAACCGUCAAAAAUGGAAGAUUUGUACAAACGGUACGAAACGAAAUUGGAUGAAGUACAAAAAGGGGUUGGAGAGCAAUUGACUUAUAUGUGGGUUUUUUUUGUAAAAAAUUCAAAAGAGGUGAAAAACAAAAUUGUUUUGACACCCUUACUAAUUAUUUAA